AUGGACCUGUUCAACAGAUGUUCGCUGGCGAGUUCAUCCUCUUCCGACUCGUCAUCAGCCAACUCGUCCUCGAGCAAAUUCCCAGGGAACCGGGAAAUGCCGGAGAGGAUUAAGGGCCCGUGGAGCGUGAAGGAAGACCGGAUCCUGACCCGGCUGGUCGAGCGCUACGGGCCCCGCAACUGGUCAUUGAUAAGCAAGUACAUAAGGGGCCGGUCGGGAAAGUCCUGCCGCCUCCGGUGGUGCAACCAGCUCAGCCCGGUCGUCGAGCGCCGCCCUUUCUCGGCGGCGGAGGACGAUAUCAUCCUGGCCGCGCACGACCGUUAUGGCAACCGGUGGGCCACCAUCGCGCGGCUGCUGCCGGGCCGGACCGACAAUGCCGUCAAGAACCACUGGAACUCGACCCUCAAGACGCGGCACUGCUCGGCGGCGCACCGGAGGGACGAUUUCGAUCCGUUGACGGCACUGUCUCUGGCGCCGCCGGGGACGGAGGCGGCAGCGGCGGCGGGGGUCGUGGAGCCGGGGUUGUGGAGCGCGAUGAGGGAUGUGAUAGCGAGGGAAGUGAGGGAGUACGUUUCGUCGUCGUUUCCGGAAACUUCGUCCGGGUUUCGUCUGUGA